AUCAAAAUGGCGACGAACGAUGUUGAGCUUGAGUCGCUUGAACCCAGCAUAAAAAACAUCGUAGAUCAGACGUCGCUACGAUGGGUGUUUGUUGGCGGUAAAGGAGGUGUUGGUAAAACAACUUGCAGUUGCAGUAUAGCCGUUCAGCUGGCCCAAGUCAGACACAAUGUACUCAUAAUAUCAACAGACCCAGCCCAUAAUAUAUCUGAUGCUUUUGAUCAGAAGUUUGGUAAAGUUCCUACCCUUGUUAAGGGAUUCCAGAACCUCUACGCAAUGGAAAUAGAUCCAAACUUGGGCUUCACAAAUUUACCUGAAGACUACUUUGAUACUCCUGACAUGAUGUCCAUGGGAAGGGCUAUGAUUGGUGAUUUACUUGGGGCUUUUCCUGGCAUUGAUGAAGCUAUGAGCUUUGCUGAAGUUAUGAGACUUGUCAAGCACAUGGAUUUCUCAGUGGUUGUAUUUGAUACAGCKCCRACAGGACAUACUCUAAGGCUGCUGUCAUUCCCUUCUAUUAUCGAAAAAUCCCUUGGAAAGAUCCUCUCUCUCAAGAACAGCAUUGGACCUUUUGUAUCACAAUUUGGUGCUCUACUUGGCGUACAUGAUAUGAAUGCUGAUCAAAUGACAAGUAAACUAGAAGAAACGCUACCAUUGAUAAGACAAGUCAGUGAACAGUUUAAAAACCCUGAGCACACUACAUUUGUUUGUGUUUGUAUUGCUGAAUUUCUAUCGCUAUAUGAAACAGAACGRCUUGUACAGGAACUAACAAAAGCUGAUAUAGACACCCAUAAUAUCAUAGUUAACCAAUUGGUUUAUCCUAGUAAGRACCAAGAAUGUCUAUUAUGUGAAUCAAGACACAGAAUACAAAAGAAAUAUCUAGACCAGAUCCAAGAUCUUUAUGAAGACUUCAAUAUCACAUGCCUACCUCUACUGACUCAUGAAGUCAGAGGAGCAGAAAAGAUUAAAAGUUUCUCCCAGAUGUUGCUCUCUCGCAGCUAGAGAUGAAUCAAUGCAAUUUUUAUUUAAUUUGAGUCAUUUAUACACACCUACAUAUUGAAAAAAUGAAGUGGGGUUCCUUAAUGUUACAUCAUCAAAGCUAAAGAUCAAAACGGGGAGGAUUGGAAAGCAACAGGGUUCCCACUCAWCUUUAAAAGUAAAAUUCCCUGACUUUCACUGACUGAAAACCCUUUUUCAAUGACCAGGUGACAAGAAUAUCUUUAGUCCUAUAAAUAUAGCUUGCUGAAGCACGGACCAUUUAGAAGUGAAAUCACUUUUUUUUGUGCAAAGAUCAGGAAAAAUUUGGCAAAAAUUCCCUGACUUUUCCCUGACCUUGAAAAAAAUUCAAAUUUCACUGACGUAGACUUUUCCCUGACCCUGGGAACCCUGAGCAAAUAUUAUGAGUAUAACUACAGUGUUUCAGUGCUCAAAGAUUACUUGCACUGAAUAAAAUAACCUUCUCUAUUAGUAUUGCAUUAUGUAACAUAUUUAGGCAAAAUAAUAUGAUUCCAAUUUAUGAAUUCUAAAAUUCGGUGUUAGCUUUGAUGAUAUCACCUUUUUGUGACCCAACGUUCUUUUUAAUUAUCAAAGAUCCUCAAAAUGUUCAUGUCAAUAAAAAUAGUAUACGCCAUA